AUGCGCCGCGCGCCACCGCUGCUGCUGCUGCUGCUGCUGGCCGGCCCGGCCGCCGCGCAGCCGCCGCUCGUGCACUCCGACACCUCCAUCGACGCGCUCAUCAGCAACGACACCAUCGUGGUGGACAAUGAGAACGGCACGCUCACGUUGCGUGACGUCAACGGCACCGUCAUCGAACUCGACGGAGACCCCGAGGAAGUGGUGCGCAAGAAACGAACCUUCGGCGACAUAGUGUUCCGAGGACUGGCUGACGUGCUCGGCUACAGCGUGGCUAGGAAGCCUCCGCAGGCUGCCUUCCCGCCUCCACUGGCGCCCGUGCCCGGGAUAGACACGCCGCUGGCCGCGCCAGCCCAAGCGCCGCCCCCAGCCCCUGCACCCGCCGUCGCUCCACCGCCGUGCGGACAGCCGCGAGCUGCCGGGCCUCCACCCUGCAGAGCCACAAAGCCUCCUCCGCCGCCACCACCACCGCCGCAACCUAAAGCUGUGCCGCCGUGUCCCAAACCGAGAGCUGCGCCGCGACCGAAACCCAAGCCCACCCCGCCGCCACCACCGCCGCCGCCGCCGCCACCACCGUGCGCACAGCCCCGGGCUAACCCCACCACACCUGCGCCUUGUGCCCCUCCACCUCCACCACCACCACCACCCAAAGCUGAUAACCUGGAGAGGAUCACCUCGAAUCUCAGGCUGAACUUCAACUUUAACCGCAGCCCGGUGACACAAGCAGCACCAGCACCAGCGCCUGCACCCGCCGCCGCCGCCGAGGCAGUCGAAGAUAAUCAGGCUCAAACUGAACUCGACAGUCAGGAGCAGUUUGUACCAAUCGCAAUAGAACCGCGUGCCGCUAAGCUACCGCAAACUCAGCCGCGCCAACCGCGAGUUUAUGUCGAUGCUUUUGUUGUUAGAAACGGCGUACCACAGCGCGUAAACACCGUCGACGCCAAGCAUCUAGACGCGCGAGCUAACAACGCCGACGAAGACUUCCUCGCUUACGAUGACGACGCCGCGCAGCAACAAUUAGACGAUGAAGAUGACUACGAGGACGUGCAGGAGUCCCGCGACCGGGAGGCAGCCGUGCGCCAGUUCGGUAAUGCCGUCGACCAGUUCUGGCAAAAUAAGAAACAACAGAGAAGGCCAGCGCAGCAGAGGGAGGCAAGGAGGGAACAUCGGGCUCAGAGGCUUCCAGCGAAUCAUUAUCAAAACGUACAUUUCGGGGAUCGAGAUCUAGCUGACGAGGUCCGUCGCUCUGACGAGUCCCAUCAGAGUCUACAGCGCGAGAGCGAGCAUGCCCGUCCUAACAGAAUACCGUUGCCUCUUCCAGAAGCCGAGGAGGACUCCGAGGUCACGACCACAACAGAAGACCCGAGGAAGCCAUUAAAGCCCCGCGUGUUGCCGCCGACCGAGCACAACCCGAACCAAAUCGACACAGUAACAGUGCGAGUACCACCUAUAUAUCGCGAAAAACGACCCAGGAAGUUGCACCGCGAGCGACCGGAGCAGCCGGACAGAGACGAGGAGAAUGAAGAGCCCAGGGACGUGAGCAGCCAAGAGCGAGAGUACGAGCAGGACUCGGACGGCGACGACAGCUCGCUGGCGCCGCGCACCGAGCGCCCCGCCAAGCGCAAGCGACGCCGCAAGCAGAGCCGCAAGACACGCGCCGCAGGCGAUGCCGAGUACUUCGGCAAUUACGAUUACUACGGAAACAAAGUGCCCAUCUCAAAAGAGGAGAAAUUCUACAUGCAACUAACGGUACCACCACCGACCUUAGACGCUGAUGUGGCGAGGCACGAAAAACCGGUAGACAGCGGCUACUUUUUAGAAGAUCACGAACGUAUCCGGGAAGAUCCGAGCCAUCGUAUCCGGGAUGAUCCGAGCCACCGUAUCCGCGACGAUGACAGAAGCGCAGAGUCUGAACGCGCAGACAGCAAGGAGCGACUAGUAGAGGACAAGGACCGGUCUGCGGAGGACAAGGAACUGUCUGCUGAAGACAAGGAGCGUGCCGGUGAGGAGGAGCGGUCGGGGUCCGAGGAGAGAGCGGGCGAGGAGGAUCGAGCAGACGAGCGCGAGCGCACGGACAAGCUGAGCCCGAACGCGCGCGUGCGCGAGACGGGCUACCAGGCCAACUACGUGCGCGCCACCAACGUGCAGGUGGACGACCCGCGCCCACCCGUCGCCGUCACGCGGACCACCAGCACCGGCAAGGCGUGA